UUUUUUUUUUUAUUACUCCUUUUUCUUUCCUUCAUCCAUUAUUUAACCAUGACCACGCUAUUGAUUGACAAUUAUGACUCGUUUACUUAUAAUGUAUAUCAAUAUCUAUGUUCUCAAGGUGCCAAAGUUGUAGUUCAUCGUAAUGACAAGAUCACUAUUGAAGAUAUCAUGGCUUUACAACCUCGUAAUAUUGUCAUUUCUCCUGGACCAGGACAUCCUUCUCAAGAUGCUGGUAUUUCUCGUCAAGUUAUCUCUCAUUUUGCUGGUAAACUUCCUAUCUUGGGUAUUUGUAUGGGUGAACAAUGUAUUUUUGAAGUAUUUGGUGGUACUGUGUCUUAUGCAGGUGAUAUUCUUCAUGGUAAAACUUCUACUAUCAAACAUGAUAAUCGUGGUCUCUUUCGUGGUGUUCCUCAAGAUAAUCAAGUCACUCGUUAUCAUUCUUUAGCUGGUGUUUCCUCCACUCUUCCUGAUGCUCUUGAAGUCACUGCAACCACGGAUGAUGGUGUGAUCAUGGCUAUCCGUCAUAAAGAAUAUACUAUUGAAGGUGUUCAAUUCCAUCCUGAAAGUAUUUUAUGUGAUCAUGGUCAUACAAUGAUUGCUAAUUUUUUGGGUCUUUCUGGUGGUACUUGGAAUGAAAACCCUAGUGCUGGUAUUUUGGCAAAGAAACCAAAGGUGGUGGUUACUGAUGGUCAAGUAGAUAAUGAAAUCAAAUCUAAUGGUGAUGAUACUACUCCUGCUCCUACUACUACUACUACUACUACUAAUGCUACUUCUACUGGUACUACUACUACUGGUACUACUUCUGCAUCUUCUACAAAUGGUGUUCCUUCUGUUCUUCAACGUAUUCAUACUCAACGUUUACAAGAUAUUGAAGCUGCCAAACAAGUACCUGGACAAAGUCAAGAAGAUCUUGAAAAGUUAUUAGCAUUACAUGUAGCUCCCCCAUUGAAAGAAUUGGUUAGUCAUAUGCGCAAAUCUACUCCUGCUCUCAUGGCUGAAGUCAAACGUGCCUCUCCUUCUAAAGGUCCUAUCGACAUCAAGGCAAAUGCUGCUGAUCAAGCUUUACAAUAUGCUUUGGCUGGUGCUAGUGUGAUCUCUGUUUUGACUGAACCUAAAUGGUUUCGUGGUUCUUUGAAUGAUAUGCGACAAGUACGUGAAGCAGUCAGUCAAUUAGAAAAUCGACCUUGUAUUUUACGAAAGGACUUUAUUGUGGAUCGAUAUCAAAUUUUGGAAGCUCGACUUUAUGGUGCGGAUACGGUACUUUUGAUUGUGGCGAUGUUGGCGGAUGAUGUUUUGACAGAUCUAUACAGUUAUGCAAAAUCAUUUGGUAUGGAACCUUUGGUGGAAGUCAAUAAUGCGGAAGAAAUGGCCAAAGCUAAUGCUCUGGGUGCUAAAGUGAUUGGUGUCAAUAAUCGAAACUUGCAUAGUUUUGAUGUGGAUAUGGAAACUACUUCUCGAUUGGCUGAAAUGGUACCUGAUGGAACGAUCUUGUGUGCACUCUCUGGUAUUUCAUGCCGUGCUGAUGUUGAAACCUACAUGUCACAAGGUGUCAAAGGAAUCUUGGUGGGUGAAGCUUUGAUGCGGGCAUGGAAUCUCAAAGCUUUUGUCAACGAACUUCUAGGCAAGACAGAAAUCGAACAAAUAUCUUCAAAUCAAGUCAAGAAACAUUCAUUGGUCAAGAUUUGUGGUAUUCAAUCAGUGGAAGCUGCAAUGGAAGCUGCUCAAACAGGUGCUGACUUUAUUGGAUUGAUCUUUGCAAAGAAAUCACGUCGAUGUGUGUCAUUAGAUGUCGCCAAGGAAAUCAUUCAAGCAGUUCAUUCAUCAUCAUCAUCAUCAUCAUCAAAAAUAGAUGAUGAUAAAACGAACAAGAUACCCUCUCAAGAUUGGUUUGAUAUGCAACGGUAUUUUUUGGAGCAACGGCAACGAAAACCAUUGGUGGUAGGUGUAUUUGUCAAUGAAACGGUGGAAUAUAUGACCAAGGUGGCUACAACGGUAGGAUUGGAUUUGAUUCAAUUACAUGGUACUGAAUCGGUGGAACUGGCUCGUUUCCUUCCUGUGCCAGUCAUCAAGGCUUUCCAUAUGGAUAAUGAUACUUAUCUUCCUGGUGCUUUGCCUAUCAUCACUCAACCUGGAUAUCAUCAUGCUGUUUUAUUGGAUGCAAAAGUGGCCUCUUUACCUUCGGAUCAACAAGGCGGACAAGGUGUUACUUUUGAUUGGACUUUGGCUCGCAAAGUGGUGGAACACAAACGUCCUACUACUACUACUAGUGAAUUCCCUGUGAUUCUUGCUGGUGGUCUAGAUCCUUCAAAUGUAGCACGAGCUAUUCAACAAGUCAAACCCUGGGUAGUGGAUGUCUCUUCUGGUGUAGAAACCGAUGGUGAAAAAGAUUUGGAAAAGAUUCGUAGUUUUGUAGAAUUAGUCAAGAGUACUGAAUUUUAUUAGUUUAGACACAAAAUCUAAUAAAUUAUGAUACUUUUUUUUUUUU